UCAGUAUGAGACAGAGGAAAAACCUGUCCACUUUGAGAUUUGAAAAUUAAUUGAUUUGUAAAUUUGUGAAAGCCCAUUAAGGCAUUAACAGAUCACAGAUCAAAUGGGUGAUGGGAAUGCAUCACGUUACGUGAAGUUGGUCAGAGAUCAAGCCCCUGCCGAAGAUAUCACCCCUGGAGAGCUUAACCAACCCAUUCAAGUCCCUCAGUUAGCCAUCCAUAGAUGUAUUGAAUGUGGGCAACCCCUACCCGAAAGUUACCAGCCCCCCUCUGAUGAAGAUUGGACAACUGGGAUUUUUGGCUGUGCUGAAGAUACUGAAAGUUGCUGGACUGGACUGUUCUGCCCAUGUGUGUUGUUUGGGCGUAAUAUUGAAAAUUUGCAAGAAAUUCCUUGGAAGAAUGCCUGCGUUUGUCAUGGCAUGUGUGUUGAAGGUGGAGUUGCACUUGCAGCUGCAACUGCUUUAUUCCAUGGUAUUGAUCCCAAGACAUCAUUCCUCAUUUGCGAGUGCCUGUUCUUUGCUUGGUGGAUGUGUGGCAUCUACACUGGUUUGUUUCGACAGUCAUUGCAGAAGAAAUACCAUCUCAAGAACUCACCAUGUGAUCCCUGCCUGGUGCACUGCUGCCUGCACUGGUGUGCCAUAUGUCAGGAGCACAGGGAGUUGAAGAACCAUCUAUCCGAUAAUGCCGCUGUGUCCAUGACCGUUACCAACCCUCCAGCAGUUCAAGAGAUGAAGACUGGUGAGAAUAAGGAGUCUGCAUCAUCUGCGUCAUCUUCUGGAAAUGGUGAACGCAGGGAUCUGGAAAUUCAGCCUUUGUAGGAUAUUCAAUUUACUUAUACAUAAGUCCAGCAUUCUCUCUCUCUCUCUCUCAUUUCUAUUUGUUUUUGUGGACCAACUUGUGCCGACCUUUAUGUCAAAGAGCCAAGUUUUUUUGGUGUUCGAAAAAUACUAUAUAUCAAGUUGACUGGCAUCAUAAGUUGGCAACAAUGUAAU